UCUGUUUUCUACAAAAUGACGAUGGGUGCUAAUCAAGUCACGCCCGCCCCCCAGGGCUGGCCUGACCUGGCUUCCGGGAGAACACUCCUGUCUCUCUCAUUUCCAGAUCUGUUCACAGGAGUCCACAAGGAUUGCCCCAUGCCCCCGGGCACAGGCCCCCUGAGCCCACUGCCCUCCAGCCGCCCACCCACCCUCAUUCCGGACUAUGUCACUGGCAAGGACAAACAGAUGGGUUUCUGUUGGGAUCCUUGGCAGAGAUGCUUCCAGACCACCAACGGCUACCUGUCCGACUCCAGAUCCUGCUCCAGCAGCUACCACGUGGCAGCCCUGGCCACCUCGUCCCUUGUGGGGGUGGUGCAAAGCAUCAAGGACCACAUCACGAAGCCCACGGCCAUGGCACGUGGCCGCGUGGCCCACCUCAUCGAGUGGAAGGGCUGGAGGGCCCAGCGGUCGGGCUGGGAGCUGUCCCCAGCCGAGGACGAGCACUACUGCUGCCUCCCGGAUGAGCUGCGUGAGGCCCGCUUUGCUGCCGGGGUCGCUGAGCAGUUCGCCAUCACAGAGGCCACACUGAGCGCCUGGUCCUCGCUGGACGACAAGGAGCUGCACCCCGAGAACAGCCCCCAGGACAUUGUCCAGCUGCAGGACCUGGACAGCAUCUACCUUCAGGACAGUCUUCUGAGCGGCCCCUCGCAGGAUGACAGCCUCCUGGCCUUCUCCUCCCCCGGCCUCUCCCCUGACGGCUGGCCCUCACCCGAGGAGCCCCCCAUCACAGCUGCUGCCCCCCAGCCCUCCAGCCCUGAGCAGCAGCACCGGCCCCGGCUGCCCGGGGGCCCAGGGCCCGAGGGUGGGUCCUGCCUGCAGGGCUCCCUCCCCUCAGUGGACAGCGGCUCCCUCUCGGAGGAGGAGGACGAGGUGUUCUAUAACUGAGGCCCAAAUACACCCCCGUCUCGCCUGUGGGCAGCUUAGGCGUCUCAGGACGUGGGGUCAGGCUGGGCCUCUCGACCCUUCAGGGCAGGCACGGGGUGGGGAGGCAGGGGGCGAGGCCGGCACUCCCGUGGACCACUUCGUGCCUCAGUGGACCUGCCGCAGUGGGAGCCAUAACCCCUCUCUCCCUUCUUGGCUCCUGUGGGCCCCUUCCCCCCAGCAGGGUUCCUGCCGCCCGAGCUCAAGGACUCAGCAGACACCAGGGCAGGCCCCCAGGCAGACAACCUCAAAGGGCCUGGGAGACCCACUUGCUGUGGGGCCUGAGGACCCUGCCUGGUCCCAGAGCCAGUCCCUCCCGCCUCCCUCUGUGCUUCUGCCCCAUCAGAGGUGGGGUAGCCUCUUCCGGUAGCUAAGCAUCUGCUCCUAAGUGGUCAUCCGAGGACACCCGUCUCCAUGGACUGUCUGUCUGUCCCUCACCCUCUGACCCUGGUGCCCCGGCUCCCCCUCCUUGCGCCCUCCUGUCACCUCCCUGAAAGCUCUCUGAAGACAUUAAAGUGGCGGAUUCACCCUGGA